AGGUCACAUGGAAUAGGUUGGCGGAUUGCUGGAAGUAUUCUAUGGGUGCUAGAGAUUGUCGUGGUUUUUUCAUAUGGUGUGUCGUGUCGUAGUAUAUCAACCUGUGUCUAUCUCCGCCUAUGUCACAUUCUUUCGAUGCAAUAGAAGGUCGAUAUCAAUCUUUUACGUCCGAACCAUGUGUGCUGGAGAAACAGAUACAAAUGAAUCAAUUUGGCGUCGGUAACGCUGCCAUCCGCUUAUCUUUCCUUGAAUACUACUGCAAAAAUGAGACUCCUCAUUUUCAAACAGACACAAGUAUCGAUGGCAGCAUAUUUUGCAUUAACGUAGGAAAUGAAAUACGCAUAUAUACACAGGAUCACGCGCAUUCUUCGAACGAGCGCAGAUUCUGUGGUGGUUCUCCAGCCCAUAUUAGAUUCAGAGCACCUUUAACAUCACAUUGCUUUAGACGUGCCACAGACAAAGUAAGAGACUCUCAGUUAUUGAUUGGAUUGGCCAAUGGUGAAAUAAAGUUGAUUGAUCCUCUCAAAGAAGACCCAAACAAAGUUUUCAAUGAAGGGAAGUCUGUCGAUGAAACUCCCGUAACUUGUGUCGGCUGGGUUCCUCAUUCACCUCACCAGUUCUUAGUCAGUCAUUCGAGUGGGUGUAUGUAUUUGUACGAUGAAACACUUGCACAGCUGUCAGCUCCAACAUAUAACCUAUUUAAACAAGGUAUUGGGUUUUCAGUACAUACCUGUAAGACGAAAUCUACAAGAAACCCAUUGUAUCGAUGGUCUUUGGGAAGUCCUAACACAUCAAAGUUGGAUAACACGAAACCACCGUCAAAAACUUCUGACCACGUUAAUGGAUUCGUUGCCAACAAAAUAUGUGAGACGCAAACCGAUUCGUUAAGUUGCGACUCAUCAGCUAUUAGCUCAUUAUUUGAUGAUAAUAAUGUUUCCAUCAAUCAGUUUGCAUUUUCUCCUUGUGGCCGUUUCCUUGCCAUCAUUACAGAAGAUGGUUACAUGAGGGUGAUGGAGUAUCAUGAGAUGGAGCUAUACGGGUUCAUGCGUUCAUACUUUGGUGGUUUACUUUGUGUAGACUGGUCUCCAGAUAGUUUAUUUAUUGUCACUGGGGGACAAGAUGACCUAGUAACGAUUUGGUCAGUUCUAGACAGAGCUGUUAUUUGUCGCUGUCAGGGCCACAAAUCUUGGGUUAGCAUGGUGCGCUUCGAUCCAUAUCUGUGCCCCACUAAUAACGAUAUUUCUGAUGAUGACUCAGUAUCUGCCUCCUCACGUUCCCACUCACUUACAACGAACCAUGAAGGGUUGGACGAAAGUUCAGUUAUUAGAAAUUCACCUGUCACAGUUUGUGAAAGUAAUGACCUUAGAACUUACCGUCUUGGCUCAGUUGGGCAUGACACCAUGUUGUGUUUAUGGGAUCUGACAGAUGAUAUAAUUCGUCAAGGAGUUGCAUUUAUUCGUUCAGCAAUAAAAAAUUCAGACAACAGCUUCGGGAAUCUCACCUGUGAUACUACUUUUCCUCAUAUAACAAACUCUUCUGUUUUAAAUAUGACGUCUAGUUCUGUUUUGAGCUGUAAUACAUCUACAGCUUUACCAUCUCCACAGUCAGGAAAUGGCUCAUCUACUUCUUCAACUGUUUCUUCUCCACAUAUUCACUCCACCCGACCUCCAGUCAAAUUGAGUGAUAGCCGUUUCUUGAAUAAACGCAAGAAUGUUGCCAGUCCCAUACCUUCAUCUGGUCCUUCGUCGAACGGGACAAACAGUAGCGGAUCCGAUAAAUCCAAAUCCAUUUUCCCACUUCGUGGUUUCCACUGGUCAAAUUCAAAUUCAAGUAAUCGAAUUAGUACAAGUGUUCGGUUUCCUCGUCUUGGUAAUUCAGAAAAGUUUAAUGGAUCUGCAACUAGUUCACUUAAAGCUUGUAACCUGAGUCGUUUAAGUGAAGUUAGAUGGAUGUUAUCAAUAGCUGAACAUAAGUAUGUUUUCUGACUACUUUCACACUAGGUUUUAAAAUCAGUAUUUUUCAAGGCUGUUUUCGGAUGAACACUUGUAUAAUUGGAAAAACAGACAAGUUAGAAUCCCAUUGAAUUUAGACAAUUUUUAAGCAUAAAAUUCAGACUAUGGUCUAAUAAAGCCUCAAUGGUACUUGAUAGUUUUUGUUGCAUUUAUUUUCUGGUUGGCCCUCGUAGUCUGUCUGUUGUUAUUACUACCUUUUUCUCGGUAAGAAAAAUGUAAUUUGAGUCUACACAAAGUCAUAGAGUGAUGACUUGGUGGUUAGGGAGUUUGAGUUUCAGGCUCGAACCCCACUCCAGCCACUUUGGCUUGGACAACCGCGCAGCAUCACCGAAACAUACACUCACAGUGUAGUUAAUGAAAAAGACUUGGAAAACUCUUACUUAAAAACGUCAGUGGAAAUAUAUUCAGAGCACAAUUUUUAGAAUUAAAUACUUAUCAGUCGUUGACUUCAUAACAAGGCCUAAUAUGAUGAAAGCUCCUGACACUAAAUACAUUUAUUUAGUAGUUUUUCGAUUUUUAUGUGACAUUGGUGGACAUUCAUAAUUAUAAAAUUCUAUAAGCAAUCUUGAUUCCUUAAAUUACCCUGUCAUUUAUCGUGAUUGCAAUAGCUUACGUAUACACCUUAAGAGUUUUUCAUAAGUAAUCCUUUCAGUCAGUCAAUGAUAUGCAAAGUAAAACGUGACACAAGCUCAUCAUUUCAGUGUAUCUUCGCAUUUUGAUUUUGGUUUCUGAUUAAUAGUAUUACUGUUUACACAGGUGUUCUGCUAUCGUGCCACGUCACCUCAGUGUAAAUAUCUUUUUCAUAUUUGACUUACGGAUUAGCUAAUUGUUUCUGAAAUAUAUUCUCGACUUUCACCGAUAAAGUUAACUCUUAUGGAUUUUCUUACUGUGGCUUUCUGCGUCCAGUAAAAUUUAGAUAAACAUGUUCUCACACUAGAACAUCAGAUUUUUAGCAUCUCUAGAAUAAGCUGGAAUCUUUUAUCGAGUUUGUACUACACUAGUUGAUGACAAUAUGGUGUGUUCAUGUCCAUCGUUGAGUUGACUGUGAGGGUUUGCAUGUUAGACGAUGUCUCUAUACUUAAAGUUAGUGCUUGCUGGGAACAAAUGGUUAUUUGCAAUAGCCGACUACCGUCAUCUGUUUGUUGAGAUGCGAUACCGUAAGAUUUGUGAAAAUGCCUUUUAUUUACUAAUAUUCGAUCGUAGGUGUCUGCGAAGUAUUGCUCGUGUAUUUUGGGACUUCAGAGUAAACAAUGCCUAAAGUAGGAAUAGGGCAUUAGGUAAGGAUGACUAAUCGAUUGAUGUGGCAGAAAAUCUUCAACUGAGUAUUACAUCCUUGAUCUGUCUACCCAAUAAUAUACAGAAGAGAACUUGUCUCAAUCUAGGUCAAGGCCUUGACACGACAGGCUAACUGGUUUAACCUUGGGACUGGAAAUGCGUGAGUCCUAACUGAUAUUGACGGCCUUGGGCAAAGAUACAAAAACUAUUCUAUCAUCUGAUUAGUUGACAAGCGACAGAGAAGAUGAGUCAGUUGGAGCACCAUUCAAUUUAUUCGUGAUUCCCGAUUCUCCACUCAGAUUAAAGUAAAAAGAUACAUGAAUAAAUAGAUGGCCAACACGACCACAACACAUAAAAUUUAAAAAAAAUACAAUUACGUCCGAACUGGGCAUUGGGGAAGAAAAAUAGAGUACAAAAGGUUAAGUUUAAAUCAAAAUAGCUUUGGAACAGAAAUGAGUAUGUCAGUGAAUCAUACAUUAAACGAAAGCUCAUGGUUUAUACAGUAAACUAGAAAGAAAAUUGAAUAUUAGUAUUCUACCAACUUUGAAUUAAGUGAAAUAACGUCCCCAAAAAUAGCCUCCGUUGUUUGUCCUGGCCUCUAUGUUUAUCUGUUCACAUCACUUAGGUGGUCGGGACAUGUGUUACGUAUGCCGAACUACCGCCUACUUCAACGGGCGAUGCUUUCUUGUGUAUGAGUAGGCUAGAAGAAAGCUGGGGGCGGCCAAACAAAAACAUGGUAUCAGUCCAUAAAGUCACAGAUGAUUAAACAGCCAUGUUAAUAGGUUUAGACUAUUAUAUCCUAGUGAAGAUUAAAUUACGAGUAACUUCCGAUAUAUAUAUAUAUUCCUAUUCAGUAACUAGCUUAUGUAUCCCAUGUUCUUAUUAUUAUAAGCUUCAUUUUGACCUAUAGAUUAUUAUUAUACGAUUUACUGUUCUUAAGUUAUGUUCAGUUUAU